CUUGACCCUCGGCGUCUUCCGUAGUUUUAGACAACACACGAAGAUGGCUGCUUCCACUAGUAGCAGUAAAGUAGCGGAGCUUACUAAAGCUGAGUACCUAAAACGUUAUUUAUCAGCUGACGAAGGCUCAAAAAAAUCUAAAGUGAAGAUAAAAAAGAAACGACCCAAGGUUCCUGAAAGAGGACUUAAAAUAGUAGACGAUGACAUAGACUGGAGACAAAUGGUCAACGAACCGGCAGAAGUUGAAGAAGAUGAAGAAGAGGCUCCUGUGAUUGCUGAGAUCAUUGAUGAUCGACCAGAGGAAGUAAAACAGAUGGAAACCUUUAGGACCAGCAACAGAUGGAAAGUAGUUGGAGCGGAUGAUGAUAUAGACAAAGAUGAUGAAAAAGGAAGCGAGCAUAUGGAACUUCUGGCAUCAAGCAGAAUGCACCAUGACUCACCAGAGGCUUCAUCAAAAGGAAUUGGGCACAAUUCUCCAGUCAGAAAAAAACGCCACGACUCGCCAGACAUAUCUCCUCCAAGGAGAAGCCGCCAUGACUCGCCAGAUUUGUCACCUUCGAGGCAACAUUCAGGGAAGCCAGGGAAGGUGCGUAGUAAAGAUUCAUCUCCUGCCAGAAGGAAGCCCGGCUCGUCACUGUCUAGUAAAAAAACUUCCCCGAAUCGGUCACCUCUGGCUAAGAGGGGUCAAAAUAGACAUGAUUCCGAUUCCGAUCAGUCACCCCCACGGAAAAAGCCCUUAACCCGGGAAGCAUCAGACUCAGACCAAUCUCCUCCCAGGAGGCAUUCAAAAACAAGACGAGGUUCUGAUUCUGACCAGUCUCCACCCAGGAGGCGGCCGCAUGUUAAAAAGGAUUCAGAUGGAGAUUUAUCGCCACCUCGUAGACCUGGUCAUUCACAGGACAAGAGGAUGCUUUCUGGUGGAAGAGCAGGUCUGGUUUCUGUCGAAGUUUUAAGAAAAGAGCAAGAGGAAAACCGCCGAAGAGAAAAAAAAAAUCAACCACUAGAAGAUGACUCUCGCAAUGCUCAGACGGUGUUCCGAGACAAAAGCGGUAAAAGGAGGGAUUUGGAUUCAGAGAGGGAAGAACAGAAGAGGAAAGCUGGAGAAAAGGCAGCAAAAGAUGAGAAAUAUGCCCAGUGGGGGAAAGGAUUGGCACAAAGCCAGAUGCAGCAGCAGAAACUUGAGGAUGCGAUGCAUGAAGCCCAGAAGCCGUUGGCACGUCACUACGACGACGAAGAUCUUGACCGUAUGUUGAGAGAGCAAGAGAGGGAAGGGGAUCCCAUGGCUGCGAUGCUCAGGCGAAAAAAGGACCGCAACACAAAAGCACAAGCAGAUAAACCUCGAUAUAACGGCCCUGCACCACCUCCAAAUAGAUUCAAUCUUCAACCAGGUUAUCGCUGGGAUGGAGUCGACAGGUCAAAUGGAUUUGAACAGAAGCGAUAUAUGCGGAUAGCUGAUAAGAAAGCCGUCCAGGAGGCAGCAUAUAAAUGGAGCGUGGAGGACAUGUAGAGGCUCUGGAAACUGAUGAAUCAGGAACAGACUGCUUGUCGUCUACAUUUUCUUUGCUGUUAGAAAAGUUGUAGAUGAAACACACCCACCCAACAGAGUUUAUAUUUUGAAAUUAGACUGAUGUUUUUGUUAAUCUUUAAAAACAGUUUGAUAUUGUACGAUAGACAACAUAUGAAACUGUAAAUAGUAGAAAUGUGACAGCAUUUUAAUGAUUUUUGUUAUAACAGAGACAGUGUGGAGCCCAAGCAAAUGUGUAUUUCACUGUUUUAUUAAAUAAUGUUUUGUAA